AUGGCGGCGUAUCACCCGUUGUGUCCCCUUCUGCGGCGAAGUGUCUUUAACAGUCAGGUAAAAAAAAGGGCCGACCAAUUUUAUCGAGGCUUCGUAAUAAGCAGCCGAGUAGGGGGAGCAAAGAGACACAAAAAGCUGAGCUCCAAAACGGCGAAACAUAUCAACUACGUGUUCGAGAAGAAGAAGAAGGCUGAUGAGGAAAGAAGCUUUAAUAGACUAAAGAGGAGGAAGCUGAAGGAGGUGCCUUCUUCCCAGUUUCACUUCAUUUGCCACCUUAAGAAUGGGGAAGUGCAAUCCGCGCGAAGGGGGAACGUCUCGCUGCUAAGGGGGGCGCUGCCUCCCUCGGGGCAGGCGCAGCUUCGGUGGGGAGAGCUGACCCCAAAGGGGGAAGCCACAAUUGGUGAGUCGCCCCUAAUUGGUGAAUCGCCCCUAAUUGGUGAAUCGCCCCUAAUUGGUGAACUGCUCCCACUUGGUGAAUCACUCCCAAUUGAGGAGUCUCUCCCCCCUAGGGAGGCGUUCCAAUUCUUCCCGCGCGCAACCAUCCGGCAAGACAGGAGGGAGAAGGACCUGAAGAACGCGAGCGCGCUGAGCAGCAUCUUCCAUUUGGGGAGGAACAAAGACAUCUGCAACACCUAUCUUAGAGUCAGCCUAAUCAACAUAUACCACGAGGAAAACCACAAUCACGUCAUCCUAAAAAUGAUGAAGCAAGUGCAACACACACACAGUCAUAUGAACAGCCGACAGAUCAGUUUAAUUAUUUAUAAUCUGUAUCAGUACUUCUUCACCCAAGUAGUAAAACAGAUUUACGGAAAGGAUACCCCCUCGAACUAUGAAUGGUACUUAAGGUUAUUUUACGUUGUUGAUGAUGGCCUUUUUGUCAAUCCCCCGGGGAAUAAGGGGGAGAGGUACCAAAGCAAUAUGCCGGUAGACAACCGCUUGAUGAGAAACCUCCUCAUAACAUUAUCGAGAAAUGUGAAAACGUACCUGCAUUGUGAAGAUGACCUGAACACACUAAGCAGGAUCGCUUUUGUUUACUCCUACUUCUCUGUGAGGGACAAUGCCCUCAUGGAGUUACUCAUUCGUAAAAUUUCCCAAUGCAUGGAUAUGAAAAAAAAUAAAAAAAUAAAAUAUUUUUCGCUAGCUGCUUUGGCCCUCGAAAAGUGGAAAUUGUACAGCGUCAAAUUCAUGCAUGCGUAUUCCUCCCUUGUGACAAAGACAGUUGACAGGUUGACAAGGAAAGGGGAAGAGCUGCUCAUCAGCCCGAAGAAGGCGGAGAAGAAAAAAAAAAAAAAGAAAUUAAAACAUGUCAACCUGUUCGAUGUGCACAAAAAGGAGAAAAAAAAAUUGCCACUCAUCAGUUUGAAAGACAUUCUGACUUACCUGUAUGUGCUGAACAGGAACGACGUCAAGGACAAUCACUUUGUUGAGAGGCUGCUCCGAUACGCAACCUUGUUCUUGGGAGGUGACUGCACAGCAGAGGGGGGUAACCCCGGGGAGUGUCUCUCCCUAUCUGUGAACAAAGAGGAGAAGGAACGCUUCAACGCAGACUCCUAUUCGCAGAAAAAUAAGCUCCUAACUAGUCCCGCAUUUCGUAGCGCCCUCUAUGCAAAUAGGAAGCGACACAAAAACAGGAAUAACCUGUUGACCCUUUAUGCAUUAUACAGAAUUAGUAAGCGUGCUGCCCGUCGAAGGGACAAGCCCCUCAGCUGUUUUGCGAAUCGAGUUUGGCUUCACGAGGAGGGAGGGGAAAGGAACUUACCGAUCCGUAGCGAUCCCGUCGAGGUAACCAUAACGGGUUGUCAGAACGACCCGCGUGAUAGCACGCCCACCGAAAACAGAAGUGCAUUUUCCCCAGCCGAUUACGGGCCCGAGUCCACUGUCUUCAUCAACAAGCAGCGCACCAGGGUAAGUUUCUACAAAAAGGAGGUCAUCCCCAUGGCAAUUUUUCUGCACCACGUCACUCGGUAUGAUUACGCAUUUUUAAAAAAAAAAGAUGAUUUUUCAAAAUUGACAAAAAUGUACAGAGAGAUACUCCUCAACAGUGACCUUACGAAUCUUCACUUUUUUUACACCCACAAGAUUGUAAUGGUUAGCAGACACACAGAUAUAUGUAGCGACUUCCUAACCGCGUUGUACAUGUCCGCUCUCCACAAAUGCAGACGAUAUAUUGCCUUAAAAAAUGCGGGUGUCUUCUCCGACGUGUGUGCUCAGAACGUAUGUGCUUCUGUUGUGUUCCUCUACAUAGAAGUUUUGAAAAAUAAAAUAAAAGAUGACCCCUUAACGAAUGCGUUAACUGAAUUCUUGGUCAAAUUUUUUUCAAUGUGUGACCCUGAACAAGUCACCCUUGAAUUUUUAAUCCCUCCUCUGAAGCUUCUAACCAUGUUGCAGUGCCUCCGUGUGAAAGUGGGCCCACGUCACGACAACUGUUACAUUUUGCCGGAGGCUAUUCACAAUACAAGUGUAGUAUCAAAGAAGGGGAGCAAUGUGGAUGAGCUCCCAUCCCGCAAUACGAACAGCCAAAUCGAUGAACAAAAAAACAACGUUAAGUCAGACGGACCAAAUGCGUUACCAUCACGUAAGACCAAGUUGAAACUUUUAAACAUAACCAUUUUGACAAUUUUAAAAGGGAUAAACUGGAACAACGUGGAUAAUUUUUUGCUGCUCAAAAGUUACAAAUAUGUGAACAGACUAGCUGGGCAGGAAAAAAAGGUAAAGUUUUGUAUGAACAUGGUCAGGCAAAAAAAUCGCACAUUGUGCAGCAAAAUAACCCAGGCGGUAAAGGGAAAAGUGGGCGACUUUAAUUGCGCGGAAUUGCUGAAGGUCUACCUCUACAGCGGAAACGACUUUAAAAGGAAAACUCUCCUCUUGAGAAACGUCUUUACAAAUUUGUUGCUGUCAAAUGGGGGGAUUGUUCACAGAGGGGAUAACAACUUCUUCAUGUUGUUUUUUAAAACCGCCUUAACACAUGUGCACCUGAAUGGAGUGGGAAAAAAAAAAAAAAAAAAAAAUAUAUAUAUUUUUAAAAAUUCCAAUGAUGUAAUGAACAAACUGAUGGUGCUAUGUAGGACUUACAUUUGCAGACAUGUGGACAGCAUGAGAAGGAAGCACCUGUACUCAUUAAUCAUGCACAGUCUUCUCUAUUUAUGUUCACUUUUGCAAAAAGGAAAAAAUAAGGUGAAUUACCGUGCUGUAAGAGGCAACCCCAUUGCGCGGAUCCUUGUUGAUAUUGCGAGCACAACGUUGAAGAGGUGGACCUUUAUGAACGACGAAAGGAGUCUACUCAUUUAUGUGUGUCUACUUUAUUUUCGCAACAUGGGGAGGAAAAAUAAAAAAGUAAAAAAUAUUUUGUUUAACAAAAAUGAUGAUAAGCAUUUUGUAGGGAACCUGUCAAAAGUGUAUGCAGAACAAGUUGAACAAAUCUGCCUCUCCGACUUUCACCCCACCGCCACGACGUAUACGAACCCCUUGCUGCUUUUCCUUUUAUUUAAACACAAAAUAGUUUUACGUCACCAUAGGAGCAGGAAAGAUAUGCGAAUUGUACAGAAGCUGGUCGGCAGUGGAACCCCACUUCACCGCCACAUGAUAAACGCAGCAAGUGACACUCAUCUCAUACGAGUCAGCCUUUAUGCGAUAACGAAAAAUUAUUCCAUCCUAAUGGAGGAAGACCUUUUGGACGAUUUGCAUUUGCGCACAAGUACCGUGCAGGAGCAGCCAACUCGGAACAGCAUGACUUCCCCUUCCCACUUGGCAACACAGAAUAACCCCGGAAACGUAAGCGAGUGGGUUGAAUUGCUAAUGUGCAUGUCAAAUUGUGAAGAUCACCAUUUGGAUAAAAGCAUCCUUUGCAAUUUUGUUGCACGUAAGAAGUCCGUGGAGAAGGCUAUAAAAGUCGCAUUAAGCAUGAACGUGUUGGAAACGUUUUGUUGGUAG